GUAGCGGAGAGGUAGACAUGACACCGACACCCGGCGGAGCCGCACGAUGCGAGCACCGCUGGUGAAAGAUGGGCACCGCGACGUCGGAUUCAUGGUGACCACCGCUAGAAGCUUCUCGUCUGCAACUUGGUCGCAGAAGAUUCGCGGGGAAACAUGGCCGAAGGCGGGCCAGCCAGGUCCACUGACCAGGAGGACCGGACACGACCCCACGUCCUGUCAGGAUCGGGUUUCUGCAAAUGGUUCAACGUCCGCAUGGGCUUUGGAUUUAUCUCUAUGACCAGCAGCGAGGGGACCCCGGUCGACCCCCCUCUGGAUGUUUUUGUGCACCAAAGCAAGCUGGUGAUGGAGGGCUUCCGAAGCCUAAAGGAGGGCGUGCAGGUGGAGUUCACCUACAAGAAGUCCUCCAAAGGCCUCGAGUCCUUGCGGGUGACCGGACCGGGCGGGGGACCCUGCGCAGGCAGCGAGAGGAGACCGAAAGGGAAGGUCCCACUCCAGAAGCGCAAACCAAAGGGAGACCGGUGUUAUAACUGCGGAGGUCUGGACCACCACGCCAAGGAGUGUGGCCUGCCCCCCCAGCCAAAGAAAUGCCACUACUGCCAGAGCAUCGCGCACAUGGUAGCUCAGUGCCCGCACAAGGCGCCCACGCCUUCCGCAGGCUCUCAGGACCAAUACGCGUCUACCUCCAGCCCGGGGUCGUCGGCCUACCUCUGCCCCCCAGAGGAGGAGGAGCGCUAUGGCACGUCUCCCCUGGGGGGCUCGUCCUCGUCCGCCGAAGAGCCCCAAAAUAACCACCGCACCCAGAGAUGGAGGAAAUCCUAAAUCUCUCUCUCCUCGCUUCAUCUACCUCACACCUGUGACACAAUGGGAGGUUUGAAUUUCUUCUUUUAUUUAAAAAAAAAAAAGUCGUACUAUUUUACUGUCUCGGCAUGGCAACGCCUGUGUGUGCCUACCUCGUCGACGAGUUGUGGCGCCACAGAAAUGGCAAAGAG